GUACAAUGUGUGUAUCAUGGCUUAUGGGCAAACUGGAAGUGGGAAGACAUACACAAUGUUGGGACCACAGCUCGAGGAGAACUUUGCAUUCUCCACAGAAGAUGAAUCAGAACUUGGAAUUAUUCCUCGAGCUGCCCAAGAAGUGUUCAGGCUUAUUUCAGAAAAGCCACCAGGAAGUUACUGGGUUGAGGUUUCUGUUGUAGAAGUGUAUAAUAAUGACAUUUUUGAUCUUCUGGCCAAAGACAGUUGUGGAAAAGUAUUUGGCGUCAAACGUGAUAUUGUUACAACCAGAGAAGGGAAGAGCGAUGUUCCAUUGCUUACGCACGAGACUGUUGAAAAUGCAUCUGAAUUUUUGCAUCUAGUCUACAAAGGCCUACAGCUGAGAGUCAGGCACCCAACACUGGUGCAUGCUCAUUCCUCUCGUUCUCAUCUGGUAGUUACAUUGACCAUAACCACCAUCACCUCUGGAGAUAACUUUGGUACUUCAUGGGAAGAUGAACAAACCAGUCAAAGACUAAAUAAAGAGGUUUCUGGCACCUUUCCACAAAAAAUGAGGGACAAUAAAUCCACCUCUUCUUCCAGAGCCUCUUCACCAGCACAACUUGAAGCCACUGAGAAACUGAAGCAAGUCAAAACUAGAUUGCAGCUGGUGGACCUGGCUGGUAGCGAGUGUGUGGGUAUGUCUGGAGUGACAGGCGCAGCACUGAGAGAGACAUCCUUUAUUAACCGCAGCUUGUCUGCCCUAGCAGACGUCCUUGGAGCAAUAGCAGAACAGCGACCUCACGUACCUUAUCGAAACAGCAAACUUACGCAUCUGCUUCAGGACUCCGUAGGAGGUGAUGCUAAACUGCUGGUGAUGCUGUGCAUCUCUCCUGACCAGAAGUACUUAACAGAAUCAAUGCAGUCUCUGGGAUUUGGAACUCGUGCUCGGCAAGUUCAGAGGGGACAAGUCAAGAAAAAAAAUUUCCCAGUGCAGAGUAAAGCAAAAUAA